GACUCGGGAGAGAGUACAUCCCGCCUUCAUUAACUUCUAACUUAGGGUUAUUUAAGCAACUCUUUGUCUCCCUUAUCGGUAUUGCAUUGUUUCCGCGGCAAAAUUCCGCAGCACUUAAAUGUCUUCUUCCCACAAUUUUUUUUGAAUAUGGAUGACAUAGUUGGAGUUAGGGAGGAAUCCGAAAGGAGCGGCUGUACAAUCGAGCUGGAACGGUGCCGUUUAGGGGACACGUCUCUGAAGCACGACGAUUUACGCCGUCUGCUGAAGAAGAGUCGACCUGUAGACGGAGAAGAAAUUUCUCACACGGAUGCAGAAGAGAUGGUUACUUCACAAUCUGGGGACAACGACAGUAUUAGGAACAAGCAGACCGAUUCUACGGAUUCAUGUGAUGAGGAGGAAAGGAAGGUGAUGGAGGAUAUGGAAGUGAAUCCAGUGAAGGAGGAUUCUGAGGGUAACAUGGAUAAACAGGAAAGCGGUAAAGACACUACUCCGGAGCAGCUGACGCCUUUAAUUGGAAUACCAGCAAAGGACAAUAAAAUAGCAAAAAAAUAUGCGACUUUUAUUGCAAAUGAUUUUACUGAAGAGAAAGAAGGCUGGGCUAAGAAGAGAAAGGCCGCUAAAAGGGGCAAAAAAAGCAGGACAACAGAAAAUAAAGAAGAAAGUGAGGGAAAAGAAGAAGAGGCGAUGGAUGUUGUACAGGAAACUGCUGACAGACAUGAUGGGAGGAAGGGAAACGAGUCUAAGCUGCCCAAUGAUCGAGCCAAAGAGGAAUGGGAUCACAUGGAGAAUCAUUGUGCCCCUCCAGUGCUGGAGUGUGAAAAGGAAUUGAUUGAAACUGGAACUGCCGGCAAAAAUAGGGUGAGCUAUGAAGAAAAUCUUCCAAGUGCUGAAAUGGUUUGGGGAAAUGGUCGUCCAAUGAGGAAAUCAAGUCUCGAUGCACGAGUGAGGAUUAAAAACAUCGAUGUUCAAUUCUUGGAGCUGGACGAAGCAUGUAAACUAAGAAGGAAGGGGAGAAGUGGUAAAGCUCAGCCUAACCUGGAAGAUAAUGAAGGCCCAAUUAAACGUAAGAAAACUAGGAGAGGGGAAAAAGGGGCUUUAACUGAAGACCUUGAAAAAGAAGACAAGGAUGAGAAAGUUAAAGGAAGUGCAGAUAGCCCACAUGACCUUCAACACAGGACAUCUAAUAAUGUUGGCAGUUUAUCUAAGCCAAGGAUCAGAAAGGAUGAAGAUGGAAAUGAGUCGAAUAUGUGUCACCAAUGCCAGAGAAAUGACAAAGGAACGGUUGUUCGUUGCACAAGCUGCAAGACAAAGAGAUACUGUAUGCCUUGCAUGGCCACUUGGUAUCCUGGUAUGACGCAGGAAGCUUUUGCAGAGAAAUGCCCAGUUUGUCUAAAAAACUGCAAUUGCAAAUCAUGUCUGCGGUUGGAAGGACCUAUAAGGGAGUUGAAAGAUAUAAAAGUUGAGUUCAGCCAAGACGAGCAGGUCCAGUACUCUAAGUAUAUCUUGCAGGUGCUUUUACCUUUCCUGAGACAAGACGAUGCACAACAAAUACGUGAGAAGGAGACUGAAGCACAGAUUCAAGGAGUUGCAUCUUCCGACGUCAAGCUGCAAAACGUAGACUGCUCAGUUGAUGAAAGGAUGUAUUGUGAUAUGUGUAAAACGUCAAUUUUUGAUUUUCACCGGAGCUGCUCAAACUGUUCCUAUGAUCUUUGCCUUACCUGUUCCCAAGAGCUUAGGAAUGGAAACUUGCAGGGUAAUAAAGAAGAAGUUGUCGCUCAUUAUGUUGACAGAGGUCUGCGUUACAUGCAUGGGGGUCCCGACAAAACUAGUCAGGACAUGUCUGGAGAUCCGGAUAGAACUAGCGAGGUCAUGCCUGAUGAUUUUAGUAAAAGUAUUGCCAGCAGAAAGUCCCAAAGAUUUGUUAAAACUAACUCCAUUAAUUUCCCUCAGCCCCCAUUUAGUUCAGAUUCCAGUAAGAAUGAUAACAUGCAUUAUCUGUCCAAGAGUCACGACCCCUGUAAUGAAUGGAAAUCUGAAGAAAAUGGUAGAAUUCCUUGUCCACCAGAGGAUAUGGGUGGGUGUAACAUGGGAACCUUAGAACUAAAGCACUUGUUAGGAGAGAAUCACGUUUCUGAAUUGCUAGCAGAGGCAGAACAAAUUGUACAUAGAUUCAAUUUAGAUGACAUGCCAGAAAGUUCUCAGCGUUGGUGUUCUUGUUUGAAAACUAUUGAUGAAAAAGACAUCUGUAAGAGUAAUGUAAGGAAAGCAGCUUCUAGGGAGGGUUCUGGUGACAAUUAUUUGUACUGUCCAGUAGCCAAGGACAUUCAGGGUGAAGAUCUGAAGCACUUUCGCUGGCAUUGGCUCAAAGGAGAGCCAGUUGUUGUCAGUCAUGUUUUGGAAACUACUUCAGGACUAAGCUGGGAGCCAAUGGUUAUGUGGCGUGCAUGCCGUCAGAUAAAAAAUCUCAAUCAUGAACUUCUUUUAGAUGUUGCUGCUAUUAACUGCAUGGAUUGGUGUGAGGUUGAUGUUAAUAUCCACCAGUUUUUCAAAGAGUAUCAGAAACUUACUUUUGAAGAAGAUUGGCCUAAAAUUCUGAAGUUGAAAGACUGGCCGCCUUCUGAUUUAUUUGAACAACGGUUACCUCGUCAUGGUGCUGAGUUCGAACACUGCCUGCCUUUCAAAGCAUACACAGAUCCCAGAAAUGGUUAUCUAAAUCUUGCUGUCAAGUUACCAUCAGAGUCCUUAAAACCAGAUAUGGGACCCAAGACUUAUAUAGCUUAUGGAGUUCAUCCAGAGCUGGGGCGUGGAGAUUCUGUUACCAAACUCCAUUGUGAUAUGUCCGAUGCUAUAAACGUCUUAACACAUACUCAUGGAACAGACCUGACGCCCGAACAGCUUUCAAAAAUUAAUGAUCGGAAAAACGAACAUGCUAAACAGGAUGAGCAAGAGCUACGGGCAGUUCAUGAGCUGGAAAAGUUGACUGAUGAAAACUCUCAAAAUGGUGAAUAUGGUGAAUCAAUCACUUAUGGGAACUGUGCUGUGGGUGAGAAUGAAAGUGAGAACUCUAAUGGGCCUAUACCUUCGGAAAACUUCUCUGUGGAAAGAAAAAGUGUGAGCAGUGGUGGGAGAGCCAGAACUGAUGAUGAGACUGAGAACUCUAGCGGUGGUGCUCUCUGGGAUAUCUUUAGAAGGGAAGAUGUCCCAAAGUUGGAAGAAUAUCUGAGGAAACACUUCAUGGAAUUCAGGCAUAUUUAUUGUUGUCGAGUUUCACAGGUUGUUCACCCAAUACAUGAUCAGUGCUUUUACUUGACCGUUGAGCACAAGAAGAGGUUGAAAGUAGAAUAUGGGGUUGAACCAUGGACAUUUAUCCAAAAGCUAGGGGAUGCUGUAUUUAUACCUGCAGGUUGCCCUCAUCAAGUUAGAAAUCUAAAGUCAUGCAUAAAAGUAGCACUUGACUUUGUUUCACCUGAAAAUGUUCCGGAGUGUAUGAGGUUGACUGAGGAAUUCCGCACACUUCCCAAAAAUCACAGGGCAAAAGAAGAUAAACUCGAGGUUAAGAAAAUGAUGAUUCAUGCAGUGAGAGAUGCUGUUGAAGUGCUGAAAAAUGUGUAUAGCCAAGCCGCAUCACAGGAAGCAGGCAAAGAAGACGAACUCACAGAGUCGCAGGUGUCGUCAUCCCUCAGUCCCUCACGGAAGCGGAGUAGCAAAUGAAGAAGACGAAGUUGCUGACAUCCCAGUUCCCAGCCUUGCCAGGGAAGGUGGUGAAUAAAUUAGGAAGCAAGAGGUUGAGUCUAAGCGAGCUAUCUUUUAUCCUGGAGAUAUAUUGUGUGCAUAUAUAUCUGAAAUCAGCUCCAGUUAGCUCCUAAUACUUUU